UAGAGAGUUUAUAUGACGGCAAAUGACAUCUGUUGUGAUUCAUUUAUUUAGAUUUCGUUCAUUAAUAAUCGGCAACAGUGGAGAUAUAGAGUAUAUCGACACUUUAUAUGAUUUAAAUAGCUUAGAUUUAAUAUACAAGAGAUGAAGUGAUGUUAAGGCUAUUUUAAACGGGCGUCUGUAAAAUUAGAUCACUUUCUAUACAUUUACCUUUUACUUACGAAGUCAUGUCACCUGUGGAUGUAUGGGUGGGUUCUUGGAGGCCCCACAGGCCACGGGGUCCCAUCGCUGCUAUGUACAAUAGUCCAGGGCCAACAUACGCUCUUCCAGGCGCAACUGGAAUGAACAACCACGACCCACGGAUGCUGAAAGGCCCAGCGUUUAGCUUCGGCACACGUCAUCGUGAAUUCCAGUCCAACUGUUCCCCGGGGCCUGGAUACCUUGUUCCCUCCAACAUCACCAGAGUGGGUCUUGACGGGACUCCCGCAUACUCUGUCUACGGACGCCGCAGAGAUAUCAAGCCCUUCCAAACUCCUGGCCCAGGCAGUUAUUCCCCUGAAAAUGCAGCAAAGACCACCUUUCACUCGGCUCCUGCGUUCUCACUGUCUGCAAGGACUAAAUUGUUCCGUAAUGACCAAACACCAGGACCGGCUGCAUACAUGCUCCCCCCAGUGAUCGGGCCAAAAGUUGUGGAUAAAACAGCUGCCCCGAACAUCUCACUCAGCGGUCGUAGUGCUAUCGGCAGUUUCCACGAAGACCUACGAAAGACUCCAGGUCCAGGGACCUACCAUGUGGUGAACUCUUGUGUGUACAAACAUAAGGCCCCUCAAUACAGCAUCACUGGUCGCAACCUAAUGCCUGGAGACACUACCAUGAAACCAGGACCUGGAGCCCACCAUCCAGAAAUGGUUGCCUUCACUGGAAUCAAAGCUCCCAGCUUCUCCUUUGGAAUUCGUCAUUCCGAGUACAUUGCUCCCAUAAUUGUGGAUGCUGCUGACUAAACAGGAGAUUGCCGUCUUAAUAAACUGCGCUGCAAUGAGCUUCAAUCUGUCAUGUAAUGUUAUGAUAUUGCCAAAAUACAGCUUGAAAUAAUGGCAUUUCAAUAAAAUAAGGCUUC